AUGUCUCAACAAUCUAUUCCUCAGUCUUCGUCAAAAAUGUCCACUUCUGUUGUUCGUGAACAAGACGCUUCCAAUGCUCCCAUUAACCCUAGUGAGAUUCUUGAAGUCACUCCUUUGCAGAUGGUAAUCCCUUUCGAUCUUGUGACAAAACGACCCAGAACAAUGCAUGCACGAAGAACCAAAGAGACUGCAAGAAGACCUAGGAAUCCCAACUCUAGUCAAAUUUCUCAAUCAUCUGUUCCUUCCUCUAAGGAAGAACCAACCAAAGAAGGUUCAAGGUAUAAUCAUAUCACUAUUGUCAAAGUUGUUACCCAAAUCCUAAAUGAGGAAAAUGUUUCAUCCAAGAUCCCUGGUACUGAGAAUCCUGUGCUUCCUAAGUCAAAUGUCAUUGGGCAUGUUAGUGACAUCACUGGCACCUAUGUCCCAACAAAUGAUGAAAUGAAUGAGAAUGUGCAUGUGAGUGACAAGAAAAGAAAUGAUGUUAAUAUUGAUCACAUUGAAAUUCCUGAUGGUGCUGAACACAAUGAAGAGAUCCCCAGCAAUGUUUCUACUAACACGUGUGUAAAUCACACUGAAAAAGGCCAAACUAAAGAAAAAGAACCAGAGAAAACUCAGACUGACAAAGUAAUCAACCUUGAUGUUCUCUCUGAUGAUGACCUGGUUGCUUCCAUCAAUCCAAGCAUAGCCAGAAGGCUAAUGAGAAGGAAAGGAAAGCAAGUUGUAGCUGAGGACUCUCAGAAGAAGAAGGCAGUGGCUAAGUCCGUUUCUAUUGGACCAAAGAAGGCAUGGAGCAAAGUGGUGCCUAAGAAGAGAAAGGCCAGAAGCAGUUCUGAGAAUGAGUCAAAUUCUGAUGUUGCUGCUUGGUGUUACACUGCUGAUGUCAAUGACAUUCAUCCCAAGAAGAAGGUCUCUACUAGCAAACUGGCUGCUAGUGUUCCUGAAGUACCUAUUGAUAACAUUUCCUUUCAUUAUCCCUCCAGUGUACUCAGAUGGAAAUUUGUCUAUCAGAAAAGACUGGCCUUAGAGAGAGAACUUGCUCAGAAUGCUCUUGAGUAUGAAGAGAUCAUGAAUCUUAUUCAUGAGGCUGGACUAAUGAAGAUUGUGACUCAACUCUCUAAGUGUUAUGGAGUCCUAGUGAAGGAGUUCAUUGUGAAUCUACAUGAAGACUGUGGCAAUAAGGAAACUGAGGAGUAUUUAAAAGUGUUUGUCAGAGGAAAAUGUAUUAACUUCUCGCCCACUGUGAUCAACAAAUUUCUGGAAAGGUCAAAUGAAGCUCAGCCAGAGCUGGAAGUGUCUGAUAAUCAGCUGGAAGUGUCUGAUAAUCAAAUGUGCAAAGAGAUUAUUAUUGGUCAAGUGAAGACAUGGCCUGUCAAAGGGAAGUUGACUAUGAGCAAACUAAGUGUGAAGUAUAUUGUACUUCACAGGAUUAGAGCUGCCAACUGGGUGCCAACUCAACAUAAGUCUACAAUCUCUGCUCUCCUAGGUAAAUUCAUCUUUUCUAUUGGUACUAAGUCCAAAGCUGAUUAUGGUACUUAUAUUUUUAAGCAAACCUUAAAGCAUGCUGGUAGCUAUAGUGUCAAAGGUCCCAUUGCCUUCCCUUCCCUUAUUUGUGGAAUCAUCUUAAAUCAAUUUCCCAAUAUUUUGACUGACAAAGAUUCUGUGUGCAAAAGAGCAAGUCCUAUAAUCUUUCAUCAUAAGCUCUUCCAAGGAACUCAUGUUCAUGAUGUUAACACAACUUCGGCUGGACCAUCAAAAGAGAGCACAAUUAUGAGUAAAACUGCCAUGAUUGCUAUGCUCCGAGAGACCUGUAAGGAGCUGGAGUCUAGAAAAUUGGCUCUUGAAAGAUUGAUCAGCUCUCUUGAAACGAGUGAAAAUGCUAAAUCUGCAGAUGCUGAUGUGGAGGAACAGGGUGAAGAUGAUGGUGGUUCAGACAGUGAGAUUGAGAAAGAAGCCAGUCCUGAUGAUGGCACUGAUAACAGUGUAGAACUCAAUAGCUCUGAGUCUGAAGACUAA